ACCAGACCCCCAUACUUGCUCUUGAGCGCAUCGACUCCAGCUCCGCCGCAUCUGAUACGCGUCCAAUCCCUGUGGGCCCUUCACUCUGUGUUUUUUGCUGUUCCUUUCGUGAGAUGUCGACAUGAGCGAUACCCCAGACGGUGGAAAUGCGGUCGCCGCGCCUGCUGAACCGGCCCCCUCAGCACCCAGCACCGAAGAGUCGAUCGCGCAAGGCAAAGAGAGGGCAAAAGAGAUCCUCGCCGCGUCUGGCAUUGACGUCGUGAGGAAAGAUUCGUCGACCGAGGCCAAUGGCCACGAUGGCAGCCCCAACGCCAAUCGAAAGCGCAAGCGCGAAACCCCGAUAGAUCGUAUCCAAGCAGCUGUCUAUGUCGACCAUGAGUACCACUACAAGGCCCUCUACGCAGAACAGCUAGCCCAUCCAUUGCUCUCACUAGAGAAAAAACAAGAACUAGCGUUGUAUCAGAGCCUCCGACAACGUCGGGACCAUGACCCUGGCUCUGUCUUUGGGUACGGCUACGCGGGGUAUGGCAAUCCCAGGACAGACGAAAAGAAUCUCCGCGAUCCCAUAGUAUAUCCACGUCAAAGAAGACCCGGCAAGAAAAAGACCUUACCACCUCGAGUGUCACGGAAAGAGCUCAGCAUCCAAGCGGAACAAAGCGAAGAGCUGGUGCCCAUCCGGCUUGACAUCGACUGGGGCAAAAUCAAAUUGCGGGAUACCUUCACCUGGAACCUCCACGACCGAACGACCUCCGUUGACUAUUUCGCCGAGAAGUUGGUCGAAGACUUCGGCCUCGAAGUUCAGAACUGUCGGCCCCUCGUUCAAGCGGUCGCAACCCAUAUGCGCGAGCAGAUAAUCGACUAUUGUCCUCAGAUCUAUGCAGAUGACGAGUCGUGGGAGCCGUCCCUGCCAUACUUUGCCUAUAAAAAUGAUGAAAUGCGUAUUUUGGUCAAGCUCAACAUCACUAUAGGCCAAAACACACUCAUCGACCAGUUCGAGUGGGAAAUCAACAAUCCAUUCAACUCUCCCGAAGAGUUUGCACGGCAAAUGACGACCGAUUUAUCCCUAGCUGGAGAGUUCACCACUGCGAUUGCACACUCCAUACGUGAGCAAUGUCAAUUGUUUUCGAAAUCCUUACACAUUACGGGACACCCAUUCGAUGGCCGGCUGAUAGAAGAUCCGGACCUGAGAGAAAACCUCUUGCCAUCACCUUUCCCAACCACGUUUCGUCCUUAUCAAGCAGCCAAGGACUAUGGACCAUAUCUGUACGAACUCAACGAAGCGGACCUGGAGCGGACUGAGCUCUCCAUAUCUCGUGAACAGAGGCGGCAGAAACGUUCAACGAAUCGUCGUGGGGGUCCUGCUUUACCAGAUCUCAAGGACCGCCAACGCACAAUCCGGUCGCUUAUUGUUUCAUCUGUCAUUCCCGGGGCUGCUCUGAGCAUGGAGGAGAGUCGAAUAUUCAGAAUUACCAAGGCGAGCCGGAAGUCAGCACGCGGGCAGCGAGACGGGUUCGAAGAUUCCGACGAAUCAGAUAGUGAAGAUUCGGCACCUGAUUCACCAGCUAUUCCGACUCACUUGUUACAACAAGGCACUGCCCGUACUAGAGGUAUUAGGAAUGCCGCGCUGUCGGCCACCGCUGGCAUCAGAUCGAAUCUGAGCGGCUUUGCAUCGGUGAGAUCUGCAACACCGGAGUCGAUUGCGCCUACACAUCACGAUGGCCGAGCUUCUGCUAGGAAGAGGGACUACAAGGAAGAGAGCGACGAAGAAUCUACUUCGGGCAAACUGAUUGUGGUAUUGAAAGUGGGAAAAGCUAAGCUUCGAGAGUGGAUGCGAUCCCAACGAGCCAAGGACAGGGCGGCUCAUGUCUCUAAUAUGUCGAAUCAAGGCAGCCCACGACCUGGCAGCCACUCCCGAUCUGUUUCCGCAGCUCCGUUGAAUCUCGCAGGCAUGCCGCCUCCGCCAUCACCAGUCCCAGCAGCUGCAGAUAUCCCAGGUGCCGUUGAUGCAACGCCGAGUCCGAUCAAUCCUCCCCCCCCGCCGCCUGACUGGCUUCUUCGAGAUCUAGAACGAUUGCGGAAGACGUACCCCAAUGACCGCUUCGAGGCUCUCAUGAAGCACACAGCGAUUGACCCAAAGACUCAGAAGCUUGUUGCCCCCAACGAGACGAAUCACUCUUUUCCGCAUAAAUACGUCCCACGUAUCAGAUGCUCUGACUGUCUUGGCAAAGUCUACCUACCUGGCGAAGGUCUCAGCGCUACAAAUUUUGAGUCUCAUCUCAAGAACCGCAUCCACAGAUCCAAUGUGGACGAUCGGCUAGCGAAGGGAUCAUGAUCUACUCACAACAUUUAUUAUUGCAUCACACGCGGCUUCAAAUGGUCCAACCCUGACACAUCAUAUCUAAGUGCACCCAAACCUAAGCACUCUACGAAACUUUCCCUGCUACGAGGCUGAGGUCACGUGGAGCACGUCACUCCCUUUUGGUUACACACAUUCUGUUCGUUGGACGCUUCCUCGAAGUCGAGGAAUUCAACACCGAGGAAGCAGUACACAGAAACGAGGGUGAUGCUUCGAGGCAGCACCACAUUGCCAUGCUGUUAAGAUUUUGAUCAGAGGUCUGCAGACUGCAUCCUCAUACUGAUCGGAAAUAGCCGGCGCAUCCCUGUUAAAGUGAUACCUGAGGCUGACUGGGCGCGGGAAGACCAUUGUCGGAACUAGGGACAAAGAAACGAAGCUACGCGAUGAUAGAGACUUUGUGAAGCAAGCCGUUGGAUGUGCAUUCAAAGACAUUCCAUAAGUUACUUCUGUUCUGUCCUGCGAUAUGCGCGGCGAGAGUGCAGCGGUACUGUAGAUUUAGAGAAACCUUGGAUGCUGUUUCUCAACGGGCUGCCUUAUCAAUUUGAAUACUUCGAAUUAUAGAAAAUCGUUCUGUCACUGACUAUAGCUGUCGUGGAAGGAAG